UAAACUAAAGCAGGACAAAAGUUUUAACUAGUUAACUUCCAAUCAAGUUGUGGAUUGUUAAAAUAUAUGAUUUAAGAUACACAACCGAACUUAUUAUGGACAACCUCGAUGACUCCGAGAACAAUGCCAAGGUUUCGGAUUCAGCUUAUUCUAACAGCUGCAGCAACAGUCAGUCUAGGCGAAGUCACAGCUCCAAGUCAGCACGCUCUGGAAGCAAUUCAAGUGGCAGCAGUGGAUAUGGCGGGAAGAAAUCCACGUCUGGCAGCAGCAAAACUUUAAACAGUCAACAACCAGAUAAAAGAACAAAAGAUAAAGAAGGAAAGAAAAAGAAGCUGCAGGACCAGACAGAACUUCUCCAGAUCCCAGCUGAUGUGGAAUUUAGAAUCCCUAAUCCUGCCCCCGUCACAGAGGUCGAUGAAGCACUUGAAGAUGCUUCAUCUCCGCCAGCGACUGAGCAGGCACAAAAUGGAUUCCAGAGAUGCCUGGAGUUAACCAAGGCCGAUACUGCUGAAAACCUGGACAAAUGCUCCAUGCCCCAGCCCUCCACGCACACUCCCACGAGUAAACCUGUUUCUUCUGAGGGGUUUUCGUGCGUCAUAUCGAUGCAAGACGGCGUGGUCCUGUACAUGUCGUCAACGCUGACGGUAACGCUCGGCUUUCCCAAGGACAUGUGGAUAGGGAGGUCCUUUAUAGACUUCGUACACCCUUUGGAUCACAAUACUUUCGCGUCGAAAAUCACCGACGGGCUGACGGUUCCGAAGGAAAUAAAUUGUAUGCAAAAUGCAGUUCAAUCGCCAGGAAACUCCGUGUCGACCAUGUUCUGUCGCAUCAGAAGGUACAGGGCCUUGGCCACGGGGUUCAGCGUCAAGAACCGAAGCGUCGCCUUCACACCGUUUCUGCUGAAGCUGUCAUUCAAAGAUGUCUACGAAGAAAAGGGACCCGUCAUUUACUUGGUCAUACAAGCUACGCCGUUGUUCUCGGCGUAUAAUAGUCCGAAUGAGGUGAUUAAAGACGUGGUACCAUUCGUGAUGCGUCACGUGGCCAACGGGAACGUGGAGUACAUCGCCAACGAGGCGGUGCCGCUGCUGGGCUACCUGCCGCAGGACGUGACGGGCCACGACGUGCUGGAGCUCUACCACCCGGAGGACCUGCCCUACGUGCGGCACGUGUACGAGACCAUCGUCAAGCAGGGGAGGGUGCCGCGCUCCAAGCCCUACAGAAUGCUGGCUCAGAAUGGGCACUACCUUAAGCUUGAAACGGAGUGGUCGUCUUUUAUAAAUCCGUGGUCGCGUAAACUUGAGAUCGUUAUAGGAAAACAUUACGUGAUUGAGGGUCCAGCCAACCCAGAUGUUUUUCAAGCGCCACCAACAACAACCAAGACUUCCGACGAAGAUAAUAUGGAAAUCGAAGACCUUAAAAAUAAUAUAGUCAGGAUUUUGAACGAGGUCCCGGCGAGACCGGCAGAGCUCGUCAAACAACAAAUGACUAAGCGCUGCCAGGAUCUAGCAUCUUUCAUGGAAACCCUGAUUGCAGACCCACCAAAGGUGGAGGACGAACUGCGGCUAGAAAUACAAGAGAAUGAUAACAGCUAUUUUGAACGGGACUCUGUGAUGUUAGGGGGGAUAUCGCCACACCACGAGUACAAUGACAGCAAAUCCAGCACAGGGACUCUUUUAAGCUACAACCAGUUGAAUUAUAACGUCAACUUAAAACGGUAUUUUGACAGCCAUCAGGAUGGUUUCGGCGAAGGAGGCGCGUUCGUUACAGAUAUGACUUUAGUCCCAAGUAAAGGCCAAAAUAUGUUUAGUGGGGAAUGUACGUCGCCUGUGAGCCAGUACUCCUCCGAUUCAGUGGAGGUGAACUUAGCGGAGACGGCGUGCCUCAUCUCCGAGGAGACCCUCGUGGCACAGCCGCACGAGUACCAGCCCAUAAGACUUACAGAAUCCAUCUUGAACAAACACAAUUCCGAAAUGGAAAAGAUGUUCGUGAAGAACCAUCGCGAGAAUCGACCAUCUAAUAAAGAGGAGCGGGACAAGUUGAACCACGAGAGCAAGCAGAAGAAACGCGAUCACCUCGUGCGCUGCAACGCGUCGUUCCUGCCCACCGCCGCCAACGCUAUCCUGGCAGAUCAGCCGCACGGAUUGAAGCGUGCAUCGAAGCCCCUGGAGGCGGAAGCAGGCAUGAACAAGCAGCACUGCCCGUCGUCGCGGCAGAUGCGCCGCCGGCAGCCGGCCUGCUCCGCGCCCGCGCUGCCGUCCGGCUCCGUCGCCACCGGCUCUACGUCGGCGUCUGUGUGGCCACAGAAUUUCGUGAACGGAAUGAACACGUUCAUGCCGCAGCAAAUGCCGCUAGUCAGUCCCAUUUCUGCUGUGCCAGGUUUCGUGCCUGUGUAUUACUUGCCAACGACGGUGGCGUCCUCUACACUGCCGGUUACGUCGACGACGAGCGCGCACGAUACCAGCAAGCCUAAUUCUUCACACAUGCAGUUCCAAGCCCCGGCUGUGCAAUACAUGAUGUACGGGCAAGCGGUAUUCGGGUCCCCGAUCAUGGUGUCGCAGAUAAAUCAUCAGACGCCUUAUACGAUGCAGCAAAACGUAAUGCAGACACAAUUCUCCAACCCGCAGACCAGUCUGACGCUAACGAAGCGCAAUUAUGAGGAGGCCUGCGAGCCCGUUCCCCCGCUGAAGCCGCCCGGCAAGUCGCCGCUGGCGGCGCUGCGCGAGAAGAAGCGCGCCGCCGCCGCCGCGCCCGCGCCGCUCACCAGGAGCGCCAACACCAGCAUAUGUUCCGCCACCGACGCUUUGAACAGGAGUAAUGAAGCCGUCCCAGGGUCUUCGGCGUCGCGAGACAGCAAAAUGAAAAGCGAGGGUACCGUGGAGCACACGGACGGGGAGUCGAGCUACUCCUCCUUCUACAGCUCCUUCUUCAAGACCGACUCGGGCAGCGCCGAGGACAGCGGCGACGCCAAGAACAAACGGAACCAGACGGACAGUUCUGGCGCGACGAAUUCAGGCAACGAUAAUCCCCGCAACAAACAAAUGCAGAGGAGAAAAAAGGAACCACCUUGGAUGGAACAAGUAUGCGUCACAUCAGAGUUGAUAUACAAAUAUCAGGUCGUAACAAAGAGCUUAGAUGAAGUUUUAAUAUCAGAUAAAAAUAAGUUGGCCGGUUUAGAACAGCCGUCUUUGGUGAACGAGCAGUUGGGCCAGCUGUACAUGGACCUGCAGCUGGAGGGCGUGGCCGCGCGCCUCACGCUCGAGGAGGGCGUCACCAGCUCCGGCAGCUCCAGCGAGGACGGCCACCACUUGCCCCUUAACACCCUGCCCAAGCGCGCGAGGAGAAAAAGGAAAUAUAGUAAACUGGUGAUGAUAUAUGAAGAGGAUGCUCCGCUGCCACCGCCCGACGAGGAGCCCGAGCCCGAGCCCUCCACGUCAGUAGCCUAGCUCCUGGGCU